AUGGCGCGUGUCAGGGAAGCCGUAGAAGCGGCGGGCGGCGGCGGUGGCGGGGGGCCGAAGAUGCCGGAGGCUUUGUUGCUGGAGUGGGCAGUUAAUCGGGCGAUUGAGGUCUUGCGCUGGUGCCACCCACUGGGCCAGGUGCUGGACCGCGCAGAGGGCGCGCUGUGGCAAGUGCGCAACGCUGCAGAUGCAGCCCCCCGCGUGCUGCUGCAGCCCACCACGCUGAGCGAGCUGGUGCCCCUCCUCAAGCAUCUGCCUACGUCCCGGGCGGCUCUCAAGGUGCUCCUGCACCUGACCUCUGCCAAGGCCGCCCCCCGCUGUUGCCAGAUUGUUCAGGACCGCGAGCUGCUGGCGGCGGUGGUGGCGCUGCUGGGCAACCCCAACGCGCUCAUAGCAGAGGACGCGAUGGUCCUGCUGUCAAACAUCACGUGGGACGUAAAGGGCAGCGCAAUGCUGGUGGUGAAGGAACCUGGGGCGCUCACGGCGGUCACGCGCCACAUCGCGGCCGCCGUGCCGCACGCCGAGCGCGGCAUCAGCGGCGGCAGCGGAAGCCAUGGCGCUGGCGGCAGCGGCGGCGCCGGCAGCGCCGGCGGGGCUGCCGGCGAGGCGAUGACUUCAGAGGCGAUUAAGCUGGUCUGCGUGCUGGUGACGCCCGCCGCCGCGCCGACCGGUGCCCCCGCCGCGAUCCUCGACCGCAGGAACAUAUCCGUGGAUCCGUCAUGCUGGCGCUCGCUGCUGCAGGAGCCCGGCUUGGUGCCCGCCGUCGCCGCGCUGCUGGACCACCCACACCCCACCAUCCUGGAGGCCGCUGCCACAGCACUGGCGAACCUGUCGUUGGGCCACGCGAGCACGCUGAUCGAGAUUGGCGGCGCAGACAUGUGCGGCGCCCUUGGGCGCGCGCUGGCGCGCUGCCUUCAGCGGAAUGAGGCGGCCGGCGGGCGCGGCGGGCGGGGGGAGACUGGAUCAGAUGCCGAGGCGUGGCGGCUGUUUCUGGUGCAAGCCGUCAAGCUGGCAAGGACGUUCGCCCAGGUCAUCAGGGUGCUGUUUGAGUGCGUUCCCGUGCUGCCCGCGUUGGACGACGCCGCUUUCACUGCGGGCAUGCGCCUCGUCGCGGCGGCGCGCGCCGGCGGCGACCCCUCCAGCCUGCUGCGGUCGCCGCUGGGUCAGUGGCUGUACCCUGAACUGCUGAGCACGGCACUGGCAUGCCUGCAGCGGCCAGCGCCAGAACAUGCCGCCCUCUGGCUGUUGCCGGACGGCACGCGCCGCCACGCGGCGCAGGGGUGCGUGGAGCUACAGCACGCCGCUGCAGGGCUGCUCAGCGCCUGCGCGAUGCGCGGGCCUGAGUAUGCGCGCGCCGUCCAGGCCGCUGUGACGCUCGUCCCCUCAGGCGGUGAUGCUGCCGUCGCGAAAGCCCUCCGGCACAUCAAAGACGCCUCAGGCGCGUGCUGGGCCCCGGUGGCCGCAGCGGCGGCUGAAGGCGCAUGCUUCCACGACCCCGCCCACGAGAUGCUGGCGGUCUUCGUCAUCACGGCGCUGCAGGACCUGGAUGCCCCUCGCCUGCAGCUGUCCGCGCCGCUGCCGCCGCGCGACGCGCUGGCCGUGUGCGACGAGCUGCGGGCCGCGCUGCUGCGCGUCGGCGGCUGCGGGCGCGUCAGCGCGCUGGCGCUGCUGGCUCUCGGCGUCGAGGAGGCGUGGCGCUGCAAGGCGUUGUGCAGAAUUGCCAUGGAGGCCGGGCACGCGGACAGCGGCGGCGGCGGCGACGACGAGGGCGGCGAGGACGCGAACAACGGCGCGGCGGCGUGCCCGAGCGCCACCUACAUGCGUGCCCAUGCUCUGCUGGCCGGGCUGAACUCAGACCUUGGCACAGCCCUUCAGGCGCAAGGAGGCUGUAUGGGAGCGACGCCUGGCGCUGCCAUCGCGCCGGGCGAAGGCGGCGCCAGCGGCGGUACGGCGGCCGCAGCAGCGGCGAGCGGCGGCGGUGGGGGGCCCAUGGUGCGGGACGCUGCGCAGCUGGAGGCGGCAGUUGCUCGGGCGAUUGGGGUCCUGCGCAGGCGCCACCCCCUGGGCCAGGUACUGGACCGCGCAGAGGGCGCGCUGUGGGACGUGCACGACGCCGCAGAGGCGGCCCCAAGUGCAGCGCUGCAGCCGGCCACGCUGCGCGCGCUGCUGCCCCUCCUCAAGAACCUGGCCACUUCUCGGGCGGCGCUCAAGGUGCUCCUACACCUGUCCUCUGGCAAUGCCGAGGCCCGCUGCCGCCAGAUUGCUGAGGAGCGGGAGCUGCUGGCGGCGGUGGUGGCGCUGGUGGGCAACCCCAACGCGCUCAUAGCAGAGGACGCGAUGGCUCUGCUGUCAAACAUCACGUGGGACGUGGAGAGCGGUGCAGAGCUGGUGGCGGGCGAGCCGGGGGCGCUUGCAGCGCUCACGCGCCACAUCGUGGCCGCCGUGCCGCACGUAACGCGCAGCGUGAGCCGUCGCGCGGGCGCUGGCGGCAGCGGCGGCGCAACCAGCGAGGCGUUGAUGGCAGAGGCCAUAAAGGUCGUCUGGCGCCCGGGCUCUGCCACCGUCCGCACGCCCCUGGGGCGCCUCGGCUCGCCGGCCGAGACCGCCGCCGCCGCCGCGCCGCGCCGCAGGAACAUAUCAGUGUAUCCGUCCGGCCUGCUGCCCCUGCUGCGGGAGCCCGGCUUGCUGCCCGCCGUCGCCGCGCUGCUGGACCACCCUCGCGCGGACAUCAUGGAGGCGGCCGCCACGACCAUGGCAAACCUCUCCCCGGGCCGCGACAGCGCGUUCAUCCAGAUUGAAGGCGCCGACAUGUGCGGCGCGCUCGGGCGCGCGCUGGCGCGCUGCCUCCGGCGGCAUGAGGCGGCCGGCGGGGGCGGCGGGCGGGGAGACGCUGGGUCAGAUGAUGACGAGACGAAGCAGCGGUUCCUGGUGCAGGCAAUGAAGCUCGCAAGGGUGAUCGCCCAGGACCCUCAAGGGGGCCAGGCUCUGGGAGCCGCCUGCCCAGCCCUGCCCGUCCUGCUCAGGCGCCACCUGACGCACGCCCAGGAGCCCGGCGACCACCCGCCUGGCGAGGGCCCCCUCGCUGACGACGCGUGCGAAGCGUUCCACGGCCUUGUCGCGAACAGCGACGCCGCUGCUGCCGCCGCGGCGGCCGACCCGGAUGCGGCGCUGUUCUCGGUUUUGAUGGGGGACUGCGACGAGCGGGGGGUGCACCCUAUGUGCCGCGUGCUGGGCGAGAUGGCCCCCGGCCACUCGCGCGACACGCUGGUCGCCCGGGUAGAAGACUGGUUCAUGGAGCUCUCCUCCGAACUCGCGCACGGCGGCGUCGUGCACGCAGGCGUGCUUGCGAGAGCGGCGGGCGCGGCGGACUCAAUCGCAGACAUGGCGUUGUCGCCCGACGGCCGGGGGGGCACCGCGCUCUGGCAGCAGGGAGCCCUCAUCCUGGAAAUUUGCCACCUGGCGCGCCUCGCAUCCUUGCCUCGCGGAGCCCCCGGCAGCGACGGCCCUGCAGGCGUCGCGGCGCGCACCGUCGGGGCGCUGGCGGCGUGCGCCCCCGCGCUGCCCGCCUUGGACGAAGCCGCGUUUGUCGCGGGCGCGGCGCUCGUCGCGGCGGCGCGUGCCGCCAGCAGCCCCUCCAGCCUGCACGGGCAGCCGCUGAGUCAGUGGCUGUACCCUGAGCUGCUCAGCACGGCACUGGCAUGCCUGCAGCCGCCGGCGCCGGAGCUUCCAGACGCGUGGUGCUCAUCUGUAGGGCGCCGUCGAACGGCGCACGGGCGCGUGCGGCUGCAGCGCGCUGCUGCAGAGCUGCUUACCGCCUGCGCCUCGCGCGGGCCUGAGUACGCGCGCGCACUCCAGGCCGCGGUGGCGCUCGCCCCCUCCAGCGGCGACGCCCCGAUUGUGGCUGCGCUCCAGCGCUUCAGGGACUCGUCAGGCACCCCGGCCGGCCGUCUGGCCCGUUUGCCCCAUCUCAUCCCCUGCCCCGGCGCGCCUGUUGCGUGCUGGGCCGUGGCGGCCUCAGCGGCAGGGAGCGCAUGCUUCCACGACCCCGCGCACCAGAUGCUGGCCGCCUUCAUCAUCACGGCACUGCAGGACCUGGACGCCCCCCGCCUGCAGCUGUCCGCGCCCCUGCCGCCCCGCGACGCGCUGGCCGUGUGCGACGAGCUGCGGGCCGCGAUGCUGCGCGUCGGCGGCUGCGGGCGCGUCAGCGCGCUGGUGCUCCUGGCACUCGGCAUCGAGGAGGCGUGGCGCUGCAAGGCGCUGUGCAAGAUAGAGAUGGAAGCGAGGCGUGCGGAUGGCGGUGGUGGGGGGAACGGCGACGGCGGCGACCGUGACGCGAAAAGCGGCGCGGCGGCGUGCCCGAGCGCCACCUACAUGCGCGCCCACGCGCUGCUGGUCGGGCUCAACUCAGACCUUCGCGCAGCCCUGCAGGCUCGUGAGAGCUUCACGGCAGCGAAUGGCUCUGCCGUUGGGCCAGGCGAAGGCGGAUCCAGCGGCGGCACAUGCGGCCUCGCCGCCGCGCACCCCUCGGUGCGGCUCGCAGUGGGUGUGCCCUGCGACGGCGACGUCCGCGAGUGCAUGUUGACCAUCACCCCCGCCAACGCCGCGGCAGCCGCCGAGCGCGCACGGCUGCGGGGCCUGCUGGAGGCGCCGCCUGGGCCGGCGGCCGCGCUGGGCGCUGCCAAGGCGCUGCUUGCCACCUCUGCUGCGCGCGCCGAGUCGCAGUCUGGGGAGAGGUACGACGCGCUCGUGUGUGACGGUGGUGCUUCGGCCGAGGGCGAAGGGGCGGCAGCACAGCAGCCAGAGGGUCCUGUUGGGGCUCUGGGGGAUGUGCCGGAGGAGGGACAGGUGGCGCCGCGGGGCGAGCAAAGGCAAGGGGGGCAGCAGCAGCAGCAGCAGCAGCAGCAGCAGCAGCAGCAGCAGCAGCAGGGAGGGCUGGCAGGUUGGCAGCAGCAGCAGCACGAUUCGCCCGAGCCCACCGAACACCGGCGAGGCUUGGCGGCAGCCCAGGCAGCAUCAGCAAGCUCAGCGGCACAGAAACCAGCAGGUGCAGCAGCAAUUGUAAGAGCAGCAGCAGCAGGCGCAGGCGUAGCAGCAGGCGCAGGCGUGGCAGCACGUGCAGGUCCGGCACCAGGCACAGGCGCAGCAGCAGGUGCAGGCGCAGCAGCAGGCGCCGGAGGAGCAUCCCCGUCGGCAGCUCCCACCCAGGCACCGUUCUCAGCAGCGGUUGGCGCGGCUGCGGCGACAGCGUCUACAGGCCUGGACCAGCAGCGCCUAGAGCGGCGCGGCUGCGCGGUCUGCGGCCGGACCAAGGCGGAGGGCGCGGCGCUGCGGCGGUGCGCGGGGUGCGGCAGCUUGACGGGCGUGCGGUACUGCAGCCAGCGCUGCUGCCGCAACCACUGGUGCAAGAUGGGCCACCGCGCAGAGUGCGAGGCGGCGCAGGCGGCGAAGCGGCUGACUGCCCCCUGUGGGGCCGCCGACGGCAGCAGAGGAGCGGUUAGCAGCAACGCAGCCUCAGGGUAA